AUGUCCUACUAACUUAUCUCGUUAUUUUUAAGUAUUGCUGAGUCCUAGUAACAUGAAAUUAAAAAACAAUCAAACAGGGUCGAAAAUAUUGAAAAUUAAGACAAAUUCAGCUGCUGCUCUCAAUCUGAAAUACAAUAAAACGUAUGCGAUAAUAUUGAAGAAAGAAUCGGCUAUAGAAAUAUAAAAGACUAAAUUUAAUAAGAGUUUGAUAUGGCCAACUAAAUCUAAUAAAAAUAGAAUAUUAUCAAGAAUAUAAUCAAAGGAUUUUAAAAUUAUUUCAGAAAAAUUAAUAAUGAAGAAGCCUACUAAAGAUUAAGCGAUAUUUUGGGCUCUUAAAAAAACAUAUCAAAUAUAAAAAAAAACUUCUUUCGUGUGAUGAAGAAGAAAAAUGAUAGAUGGAACUACAUUCUGAAGAGAAUAAUAAGUAGUAAAAAUCUUAGUAAAAUAUUUUGUAGCUACUUAGAAAACGAAGCCCGGCUUUGGCUUUCCACUUCACGCACUAAUGAUAUCUUUUCUCAUUAAGCUAUGAUUAAGUUGCUAAAGGAGGCUCUUUAGCAUGGAGUUUAAAUUGACAUAAAAACCUAUAAAAAGAAGUGA